AUGUAUUCUCUGAUUCUCCAUGGAAGAAGGUUGAUCGGUUUGCAGAAAUGGCGUCAUUUGAGUGUUUCAGUGAACCCUUUGCAAAAUGCGUCUCCUUUUUUCAGUUCCUUCUCCUCUGCUAGUGCUGCAGAUGUAAGCCCUAAAGAUGGUCAAAAAGACAAGACUUUUACUGUCUCUUACCUCGUUGGUUCUCUUGGUUUAGCUGCAAAACCGGCUGAAUCGAUCUUGAGGAAAGUCAGUUUAGGUGACAAGGGCAAUCCUGAUUCUGUUUUGAGUCUUCUUAGGAGUCAUGGAUUCACAGAUUCUCAGAUCUCCAACAUCAUUACUGAUUAUCCACUAUUGCUUAUAGCAGAUGCUGAGAAAUCCAUUGGUCCCAAGCUUCAGUUUUUGCAGUCUAGAGGAGCUUCAACCUCUGAGCUCACUCAGAUUGUUUCUACAGUUCCGAAGAUCUUAGGAAAGAGAGGGCACAAAUCUAUCAGCUUCUACUAUGAUUUUGUCAAAGAGAUUAUAGAAGCAGAUAAGAGUUCCAACUAUGAGAAAUUAUGUCAUUCUUUGGCACAUGGUAACAAGGAGAAUAAAGUCAGAAAUAUAUCGGUUUUGAGAGAAUUAGGCGUGGCUCAGCGUUUAUUAUUCCCAUUGCUCAUCUCUGAUAGCCAACCUGUCCAUGGAAAAGAAAGGUUUGAAGAAUCCCUCAAGAAAGUUGUUGACAUGGGUUUUGAUCCAACAACCUCAAAGUUUGUUGAAGCUCUGCGCGUUUUUUACAAUUUAAACGACAAAACAAUAGAAGAAAAAAUCAAUGUCUACAAAAAGUUAGGCUUCGGUGUUAAUGACGUAUGGGCAAUUUUUAAGAAGUGGCCUUUUUUUCUGUCAUACUCAGAGAAGAAGAUAACUCAGACGUUUGAAACCUUGAAGAGGUGUGGUCUGCUCGAAUACGAGAUCCUGUCAGUGUUGAAGAAGCAUCCGAAGUGCAUUUGUUCUUCAGAGCAGAAGAUAGUGAACUCCGUUGAAACAUUUAUAGGCCUAGGGUUCACUAGAGAGGAUUUUGCGAUGAUGGUCAAGCGCUAUCCUCAGUGCAUUGACUAUACUGCAGAGACUUUGAAGAAGAAGACUGAGUUUAUUGUGAAGAAGAUGAAUUGGCCGCUAGAAUCCUUGGUUCUUAUCCCUCAGGUAUUUGGAUACAGCCUGGAGAAGAGGACUGUCCCGAGGUGCAACGUAAUCAAAACUCUCAUGUCAAAAGGACUGAUGGGAGACAGAAGUGAAAUGCCUCCAAUGUCCUCUGUUUUGACAAGUACCGAUCAGUCGUUUUUAAGCAGGUAUGUCAUGAAGCAUGACAAGCUGGUACCUGAGUUGAUGGCUAUCUUCACUGGAAAUCGUGUUUCAUAG